AUGUUUUCUAAUAAUGGAAGCCAUGUCCAUGCUGAGGAAGCUAGAAUAAGAGGUCUUGCUGAAGACGUCAAGGAGUAUAUCGAGCGUAAAGUAGCCGAGGGUGUGGUGGACCUACCAAGAGUAUGGGAUAAGAUAGUGAGAAGGAUUAACAAGGGAAAAAUCAAACAGGAGGAUACACCGAAAGACAAGCGACAGGUGAAGAAUUACCUCGCGCGAGUCAAGAAAGCCACAAAUGGAGGAAGCAUGGCUAUCACCAUGAACGACCUCAUAUCCAUGACGGAAAAGCACUCGCAGCUUCCAGGCGCUCAAGAACCUGACGAAGCAUUUGUUGUAAGCUUAGAAACUAAAUAA